CACCUCCCAAAGAAUUCAAACUCUUACACUGACAACCACUCAAAAUGGCAAACACGGGCCUUGGUGUGCCAGUAAAGCUACUCCACGAGUCCUUGGGACACAUUGUUACCGUGGAACUCAAGACAGGCCAACUUUAUCGUGGAAAACUCGCUGAAGCCGAAGAUAACUUGAACAUCUCACUCAGAGAUAUAACAGUCACAGGACGAGAUGGCCGUGUAUCACAACUAGACCAGGUGUAUAUCAGGGGAAGUAUGGUCAGAUUCUUCAUUGUACCAGAUAUGCUGCAGAAUGCCCCCAUGUUCAAGCGGGUUGGUCCCAACGCCAUGCGCGGAAGAGGUAUUGGUACUGCGCGUGGUCGCGCAACUAUUAUGAGAGCGAACGCUCGUCGGGGACGUGGCGUCCCUGCCCCAAGAGGCAUCAGGAGGUGAUGUGGGACGUUCUUGCGACUGCGGUAAAAAUGUACAUAUUUUCAUAAUUCUGUAUCUUGUGCAACACCAAACUGUUUUUGGGUUGCUUUGCGCAACCCGUGGGGGUUUGUAAUGCAUGCUGAAAUCAACAAGGUUUUCUUGAA